AUGAGCGAUUUGAUGCUCGGCCACAUCUGCCAUGUCACGGGCUUCCAGCUGACGGGCCCGCAUGAUGCGGAGCUGAUUGCCUCGGGUGAGGUGCCGCCCGGGCUACGUGACAUUGUCCAGCCCUUCCUCGCCGAGUGCCAUGCCUUCCUGUCCACCUGCUUGAUCUACCUGCUUCAGAACCGCGGUCGCGCGCUGCACUCCCUCCGGCGCAGCAUCGCCGAGAGCGACGGCCUCCGGCGGAUGGCCGUCCAAACGGACGCCAAACUCCAGGCCGCCCUGGCCAAGUGGCCGCACCAUGCAACGGUGGCCGGUGAUGCCGGCUCCCUCCCGGGCACCGGGUACUUCCAAUUCCUGCACAACUAUGCCGUGCACUUGAAGUUGUCCUUCAUGCGCGACUUCCUGGCCCUCGGGACCGAGCUGCGCCUGUACAACCCCCACGAGCUGGCCUCGGUCUACUGGUACCAAUCAUACCUGGCCGCCAGCAUGCAGAACCUCCACCGGACCAUGGCCGCUCGGGUGCAGCAGAUGGCCGCCAUUCGUGACGCCGCUCCCAUGGCCGACCUGAAUGAUUGGCCGCAUGUUUCCCACUGGGCCGACGUCACGGAGGUCUUCUUCCGCGGGUGUGACGCCCUCAGCCGCGAUGGGGAGCUGCUCUCGACGCCGGACUUCUGCCUUCGACAGGUGAUCUCCGCCGUGGACGUCAUGCACCCGAAGAUGGACUCCGGCUACAUGGCCGAGGAUGAGCUGCCGGCCGCGCUCGGGGUCUUCCGCGCGGAGUUCCCCCCCACCUCGGAGGCCGAGAUCGCUCGGCGCUCGGCCGGCGCCGACCCCCGGGCCGCCUGGCAGGGCAUCGACCAGGCCUUCGACGCGGGGAUGCUCCGAACCGAGGGGUUCUCGGCGGCCGAGCUGGUCGGCAUCAUCGACGACCUGCUGGCCGAAGAGAUGGUCCUGCAUGCCGGCAACUCCCUGGCCCCCUCCCUCGGGUCCAGUCUGUACCUCCAGCGGCCGGACCGCAUCAAGUGCCCGGUUUUGCAUGCCUACUGUCACAAUGUCCUCCGGUGUAUGGAUGCCGUGACGCGUGCCAUCUCGGCCUCGGGCAUCGGCACCGACGAGGAGCCCUCCUCGUCGGAUGCCACCUCGGCCGCGGUGCCGAACUUUCUGCAGGUCAACCUGCCGGCCUUCCCCACGGCCCGGUGUAUGUCCAUGCUGGAGGCCUGCAUGCAGGCCAUCCAGGCGGCCACCCGCCAGUGUCUGAACCCCGCCGGCGCCCCGGCCACCGCGCAACACCGGUCCAUCUACACCCUGCAUGCGGAUGACACCCCCCGGGCUCUGACGGCCCUCGGGGCUCGGCUGUCCCUGCGCCUGAAGUUGCUGGACAUCUACCACAACUCGCCGCACAUGCGCAACCUCAACAUCUGCAAUGUGGCCAGCCUGCAGCAGACCCUCCGCGCGGUGGACCUCUGCAUGCAGACGGUCGACCAGGGCGCCACGCCGCCGGCGCCGGACUUCGCCCCGGCCGCCGCCGGCGGGGUGUACGCCUUCGACCGGCGCAUCGCCCGCAAGAUGUUCAGCUUCCCCUCCUCCACCGCGGCACUGACCCCCACCCGAGAGGAGGCGUAUGCCCAGAUGGCCGCCAUGCUCCGACACCUGGUCGACGCGUCCAACCUCCUGCUCAUGACCUCCGAAGUGGGGGAGUUCAUUUUCUCCCUCAAGAGCUUCCUCUUCACGGCUCCCUUCCCGAACCUGUUUGGCGGCAAGAAGAAGUCCCCCCCUGGACCGCGACGCCCGGCUGCCUCGCCGCCGGCCAAGCCCCUCCCCCUGCCGCAGCUCCUGUCGAACCCGGAUGAGCCGCUCCAGCGCUUCGAUGCGGCCGAGGUCCUGGCCCAGCGGGCCAUGCUCCUGGCCCUGGCGGCCCUGCAACAUGCCGGGGUCUACUUCGACGGGGCCCCGGUGAACCUGCAUGCCGGGGUGGUGGGCGACAGUGUGUCCACCACCGGCGCCGACACCGCUGGCGCUGACACGACCGCGGUCGCCGGCCCGGCCAACUGCGUGUCGCAUGCCUUCGACUGCCGGUUCCGGCCGCUGCUGGCCCAGGCCAGCCCGCCGCCGCUGGAGUUCAAGCACUUUGCCCUGUCGACCAAUCUCCAUCGGCUGCUGGCCCUGUCGGGUGGCUUCAGCCAGGCGGCCCCGGUGCCGGAGGCCGAUCUGGCCGCCUGCGCCGGGGUCCUGGCCUCCGGCGCCGGGACCACUCGGGGCCAGCGCCGUGCCGGGGUCCUGCGGGUCCUGGCCCGCGCUCGGGUCCUCCUGCAGGAGGCGCAUGCCCAGCUGGCCGCCCUGGCUGCCCUGCCGAAGGACACGGCCACCGUCAACCCCGGGGCCGACCCGCGGGCCCUGUCGGCUGGCAUUGGCCGGAUCCCCCUGAUGGCCUUCCCUGCCUGGCAGGAGCGCUGCGCCGGCCUGCAGGCCACCAUCUCCGCGAAUGUCGAGGUCAUCAGCACCCUGGUGGACCUCGUCACUGCCGCCGGGGCCGCCGCAUCGCCGGAGGACGCCCUCUCGGAGCCGGCGGCGCAGUUUGGCCAGUGCGACCUGCCGGAGGCCCUCUUCGAUACCCGGGCCUCGCGCGUGGGCGUCCUCUUCCAGGAUUCCCCCCUGGUUCCCAUUCUCAAGGUGACCAGCCGCCAGUGAUGUGCCAUGCAUUGCUGGCCCCCGAGUCCCUGGGCCAAGUGGGUGCGUCCAGUUGCCUGAGCAACGGGCCUGCCGGCCUGGCAGACAUGUAAAUACAAUCACCUGUGUGUG